ACGACAAAUGGAAACUCUCUCAACAACAACUAUGUACAACUCAAGUUGACCAACUGUCGAACAUUAACGCGUGCGCAUCAAUUAUUUAAUAGGUUAUAAUCUUGAAUUGCGUCCUUUGCACAUUGCACCUCUGUCCAAGAUGGCAGCGUCGAUUGGCAGGAUUUGUCGAACGGGACUUUUAAAGCCAAAUAAUGGAGGAUUAUUUAAUCAGGCUAGUCAAUUUUCGACUGUCAAAGAUUGGUCAAGAUCACGUAAAGCGUUGAUGACAUGUCUUGGUGUAACAGCUGGUGGUGUUGGUGCAUUGAUUUAUACACUGGAAAAUUCAGUCAAGGCAUUUGAACUUAUAACUCAUCCUCCAAAUUAUCCAUGGAGUUUUCAAGGUCUUUUAAGUUCACUUGAUCAUGCUAGCAUGAGACGUGGAUGGGAAGUAUAUAAAAAUGUAUGCUCAGCAUGUCACAGUCUUCAAUUUGUUGCAUUUCGUCAUUUGGUUGGUGUAACACAUACUGAAAAGGAAGCUAAAGAACUUGCUGAAGAAUAUCAAAUUAAAGAUGGUCCAGAUGAUACUGGUGAAUAUUUUAUGCGUCCAGGUAAAUUAUCGGAUUAUGUACCAUCACCAUAUCCAAAUGAAGAAGCUGCUCGUGCUGCUAAUAAUGGUGCUAUGCCACCAGAUUUGUCUUAUAUAAUUAAUGCAAGACACAAUGGCGAGAACUAUGUGUUUUCAUUGUUGACUGGUUACUGUGAUCCACCAGCUGGUGUACCAAUUCGUGAAGGACAAGCUUUUAAUCCUUACUUCCCUGGUGGUGCCAUUGGUAUGGCUCAGGUUAUCUAUGAUGAAGUUUUGGAGUAUGAGGAUGGAACACCACCAACAGCCUCACAAGUAGCUAAAGAUGUAACUUCAUUCCUCAUGUGGACAUCAAAUCAUGAGUUUGAUGAACGAAAGAGAUUAUUCAUCAAGAUAAUGAUUGUCAGCUCUUUCAUAACUUUUGGACUCUUAUACAUGAAGAGACACAAGUGGAUGACUAUAAAGUCCACUAAAUUAGCAUUCGUCCCACCCAAAAAUAAUAAGUAGACAAAAUAAUAAUUGAAUUGAAGAAAAAACAAAUAAUAAAUAAAUAAAACAAGUAAUAA